UUUCAUCAUCCAAUUAUGGAUAUCUUCAGUUCUCUGCAGCUAUCUCUGGAGCUUGGAAUUCGGAGUAACUAUGAAACUAAGACACGAUUUCGACUGCAGAAUUCAGAAUCGCGAGGCAAAUUUUGUGUUCUCCGCGCUAAUUUAUCAUCAUUUUCGGCUUUUCAGGAACAGUGUGGUUGGAGUAGAGAUCUUUCGAAGAGGAUAAAGAGAGGAGCAUGCGUAAUCUCAUCUAGGAAUCACAGACUUAAAUGCCACUGUUUUUUAAAUAGAGUGCCCUCUUUCGAUGCUGCGAAUAUAAAGAAUGCCACUUCAACUUUAGCAAGAUCAUUGAAUCAGCUGCCAGGAAAUCCCCAUGUGAUCAAAUUGGCUUCAGCUGUAGGUUUUGUUAUUUUUGCAAUAUGGGGACUCAGGCCGCUUGUCAGACAAUGCAGAAACAUAUUUUUCGGGAAAAGUGAUAGCAGCUGGCGAAGAAGCAGCACAUUUCAUGUCACAGCCUCUUACAUUCAACCGUUACUGCUAUGGGCAGGAGCAAUCUACAUCUGCAGAGCAUUGGAUCCAAUGAUUCUUCCCUCCGAAGCUGGCCAGAUUGUUAAAAAGCGGGUCCUAAAUUUUGUCAGAUCAUUAUCAACAGUGCUGGCCUUUGCAUAUUUAUUCUCAAGUGUAUUUCAGCAAGCACAAAAAUUCUUCAUGGAGACGAAUGAAUUCACGGAUGCUAGUAAUAUGGGCUUCCAGUUUGUUGGCAGAACUGUAUACACAGCUGUGUGGGUAGCUGCCGUGUCAUUGUUCAUGGAGUUGCUAGGUUUCUCAACCCAAAGAUGGAUCACGGCUGGAGGGUUCGGGACAGUUUUGAUCACUCUCGCUGGACGUGAGAUUUUCACAAAUUUCCUUUCAAGUGUGAUGAUUCAUACGACCAGGCCAUUUGUCUUGAAUGAAUGGAUUCAAACAAAGAUUCAAGGCUCUGAAGUUUCUGGGACAGUUGAGCAUGUUGGAUGGUGGUCACCGACUAUUAUUAGAGCUGAUGACCGUGAAGCUGUCCACAUUCCGAACCACAAAUUCACAAUGAAUAUUGUAAGAAAUCUCAGUCAAAAGACUCACUGGCGCAUUAAAACUCAUCUGGCGAUCAGUCAUUUAGAUGUUGGCAAAGUCAAUAAAAUUGUAGCAGAUAUGCGCAAGGUUCUGUCGAAGAAUCCACAAGUGGAACAACAGAAACUGCAUAGAAGAGUAUUCCUAGACAAUAUUGAUCCCGAAAAUCAGGCCCUAUUGAUACUGGUGUCCUGCUUUGUGAAGACCUCCCGUUUUGAAGAAUAUUUGUGCGUUAAGGAAGCUAUUCUUCUAGACCUUCUAAGGGUAAUUUCACACCAUCGUGCUCGAUUAGCCACACCCAUCCGCACACUUCAGAAAGUAUACAGAGAUGCCGAUUUGGAUGAUAUACCAUUUUCAGAUUCUCCCUUUUCCUGGGGAGCUACUUCAAAACAUCCAUUACUGUUGGUCGAGCCUUCCAAUAAAAUCGACGGGGGGGAUAAGAUCAAACCACACGUCCGAUCUACACAUAUAAAUGGCGAAGAAGAUGAAAAGGCUACACCAAGAUCAACACAGUCAGCUGCAGAUGGUAAAGAGGAUGAUACUAAAGGUGAAAAUAUCGAUACAAAGCCCAAAGAAACGGAAGUUGGAGACCACAGUAGAAAAGAGGCGCAAACGACAGAGGCCAAAGUUGGUGAGGAGUCUGGAAGAGGGACCAAGGAAGUGAAAUCAUCUCCAUGGGACACUAAUAAGCUUGGAAAUGCUGCUACUAAAGCCCCCAAUUCCGAGGAGAAGCUCCUGGAGGGCGUCCCGUCUACUUCGCAAGUUAAACAAGAUGCUAGACAACAGGCGACACAAGCUCCUCCUCCAACCAAACCUUCUUCUCUGGAAGAGAACAUAGUUCUUGGUGUUGCGUUGGAUGGCUCGAAAAGAACCCUUCCCAUCGACGAAGAUACGAACCCUGAAGAUAUGAAAGAAUUGGCUCGGUUGCAUAGUGGCAGUGGGCCUGCAGUGACUCAUAUGGAAAAGAAGGAUACUAAACAGUCCAAUACAACAGGAUCUCCAAGUAGUGAUCAGAAAGAUCAGCAAGAUUAGUUGAAUCCUCUUUCCUUCCAGUAGCCACAGUUGUAAUUUAGACACUGUAAAUAGUCAUCCUUACAUAAUACUUAUAAUAAUUUACAAAGUAAA